CGGACCCCGGACCGAACCCCGCAUCCCGCAUCCCGUAUCCUGGUGGCACUGUGCUGUGCUGUGCUGUGCUGUGACGCUGUCUCACCUGCGAGGCGAGGCGAGGCGGGAUCAUCAACCGCACGGGACAAGACAAUAUUUUCCGCUCCAGCUACAAUAACCCAACCCAGCCAUCUACCCACCUCCCCUCCCACUCUCAUUCUCCGUUUUUUAAACAGUCGUCGCUGGACUUCUCCCGCAUCCCCAGGUUCAUUUUUGACUCUCCAGGGAAGCGAUACAUGGGAUAUACGAUUGAGCUUGAUACAGUUUACAGCCUGUACUCCACCCUGUACUUAUCAACCAUUAACCACCUCCAAAGAUAAAGACAAGGACCACCAAUCCUCCGCUCCAAUACAACGCUCCUAAACCGUACUACCCUACCGCAAACACAAAAAAAUGCCCCGUCUAGACGGCAAAGUCGCCAUCGUAACCGGAGGAAGUUCCGGCUUCGGCGCGGCGAUCGUGCGCCGCUUCCACCAAGAAGGCGCCCGGGUGAUCAUCGCGGACAUCAAUGCCGCGGCCGGGGCGGAGCUGGCAGCCACGGUGCCGACGGCGCUGCAUUUCGAGCGGGUCGACGUGACGGUCGCGGCGGACUGGGCGCGGGCGGUGGCGGUGGCAGUCGAGAAAUUCGGACGCGUGGAUGUCUUGGUCAAUAAUGCGGGGACGACGUAUCGGAAUAAGCCAACGGUCGAGGUCACCGAGGCGGAGUGGGAGCGGGUUUUCACUGUCAACGUGAAGAGUAUCUUUCUCGGGAGCCAGGUGUUUGUGAAGCGGCUGCUGGAGCAAGGGGGCGGGGGAUCGAUGAUCAAUAUCUCGUCGACCGGGGCGACGAGGCCGCGGCCCGGGUUGGUGUGGUAUAAUGCGUCCAAGGGGGCGGUUUCGAAUGCAACCAAAGGUCUCGCGGCCGAGUAUGGUCCGCACAAUAUCCGGGUCAACACCGUCUCGCCGUUGCUGUCGGGGACCGGAUUGUUCUCCUUGUUCACCGGCAUGGACGAUACGCCCGAGAACCGGGACAAGUUCAUCGGGAAUGUGCCCCUGGGACGGCUGACGGAGGUGGACGACGUCGCCAACAUGUGCGUGUAUCUCGCGAGUGACGAGGGGAGCUUCGUCAAUGGGGCGGAGAUGAUAAUCGACGGAGGCAAGUGUAUCUGAAGUUUUCCGGCGACGCGCGGGCUGGGGAGUGACUCGAUCGAGCGCUCAAAUCGUUAGUGAAUUUGGUGGAGU